ACCGGCUUCAAGGUUCACAGUUCAGUUUCAAGUACAUACUGCACACUUCUGAGACCUGAGUUCUGACUUCAGUAUAAACUAUAGUUGUAGUACACAGUUGACGUGUGGUGUUGUGUGCUACUCCAGUGCAUUUGUUAUUUUUUUUAAUUCUUUUUUUUUUGUUUUAUUUUUUGUCCAAAUUUUAACUACUUUCACGAUAAAUCCUUAUGUACUAAUUAAAAUUUAAAAUAAAUUAUUAUCAUAAUACUCGUUUCGUUUUAUAUACUUCUCACCUGGAGAAAUAAAUCAAUUAGAAAUUCUUAGGAAUUCUAGCAUAUAAUAUGUAUAAGAAGUCUUGAGAAAAUCGUUCCACUCCAAAUAAUUCUUCGGAAAUUUCGGAUCUGUUUAUUAAUUUACAUUUUGAAGAAAUAAUUCACAAUGACUUUGUUCCGGACAUUAGUUAGGGCAACUUAUCAAACAAGCAAGAGUGGAAAUUUUCCACUUCGUCCGCUACUGUCGUGUUCACCUCUGAUGCUGGCCGGGGACCGCGCUGCCCACACUCAGGACCUCACGAAAAAUAUCCAGUACAUCACCAAUGAUAAGAUCAAACUCAGCGUCGAUCCUGACACCAUGAAAUUGGACAAACAACUGAACAGACCGACAUGUGUCAUGAUAAACUGGUUGCUGGCUAGACAGAAGCACGUCAUGAAGUAUGCGAACCUAUACUUGGAGCAGGGCUUUGAUGUGAUCUCCGUGUCCUGUACACCCUGGCAGCUGAUGUGGCCGAUGAAGGGUUCUCAGUUGGUAGCUGGUGAUCUGAUCAAACUCUUGGCAGUCAACGAGACUGACCAGCCUACAGUGGUCCACGGCUUCUCAGUGGGGGGCUACAUAUGGGGGGAGUUGUGCGUGCACGUGCUCAACAACCCGCACUUGUACCAACCUGUCCUGGACCGUAUCGUGGCUCAGAUCUGGGACUCGGCCGCCGAUGUCUCGGAGAUCAGUAUCGGAGUCCCCGCCGCUGUGUUCCCCAAAAAUAAAAUCAUGCAGAAAACACUCAAAGCUUAUAUGGAGUACCACAUGAAGUCUUUCCACAACGUGGCCACAGUGCACUACAUCCGUUCGUCUCAGAUGUUCCACGCCAAUCCUUGUCACGCUCCCGCCCUCUUCCUUCUGUCGGCCAGUGACCCUGUCGGUUCCAAAAAAAGCAAUCAGUCCGUCUAUGACGCUUGGACACAAAUGGGAAUCAAGUGCACGUGGCACUGUUGGGAUCGUUCCCCUCACGUACAACAUUUCACCAAACACAAAGAUGAGUAUAUAGCGUUACUGAACGCACACCUCGCCGAGAACGUCUCCGGAAAGCAAAGGAUGAAAAUGGCUGGAAGAUAACUUAGUUCUAGAUCAUUGAUAUAUUUUGUACGAAUUUUCCGUCACUGUCUGUCAAGCUAUUUUAUUGAGAGAUACAUUGACUUGAAUGUAUUCGUCAUCUCACACAACACAUCCAGCUCCGACUCAUUUUGACUCAUUAGCCUCAUAAUGUUUCGGAUACUUGUUUUGAUAUUUUGUACCGGGUGCACUGGAAGUGAAAAAUACAUCCGAAGCAAUAUACAUGUUCACAUUUCAUUGUAUUUUUUAUAUCGAAAGUAUUUCCCAUAGACCUCGUAUCGGUCAGAUCAAGUAUACGAGAAGUAAUCAUUAUAUCAUCAAUAUUGAAUCGAGUUUACUCACAUGAACUUCGCGCGUCGACUGAACUUAGCGUAAGGUUAGUUUUAGUUGGAGUUUUGUAGUAUUUUAUAUAAUAAACUCUAGGUAUUAUAA